AUGUCUGUUUCUGAACACCAAGAAGAUUUCAUUUUUCGCCCUCAAAACCAUUUAGAUGCAAAAUGGCUAAACCCUGAUUUGCAAGAUGCCCUACACAACCCAGAUUUGCAAGAUGCCCUACACAACCCAGAUUCUCUUUGUUCAUUAUUUAAUAGUCUGAUACAGGACCGUGAAAUAUAUUUUAAUGCCGGAAAUGGGCUCGUAAAUUCGUCUGGAAUUACAGCUAAACUUGGUGACAGUGGAAAAUAUUAUUGUGGUCUUAGGAUUCUUACCUGUACCUGUUGUGAUGGACUCUGUGGUCCUCAUUCGGGAUGUGCUUGUGUUGCUUGUACCGCCCUUUCUUCUGAUGAAGUGCAACGUGUUUCUCUUCAAUCGAAGCUAGCUAUUCCACCACCAUCCACACAGGUGAUUGAUGAACUUAAAUGGAAAGUAGAUCCAGGUCCAGAAUGUCUUCAAAGCUUAAUGGAGUCAUUGAUGUGGGAGCAGCGUGUAAGAGCUAUUAACACAGUUGCCAGCUGUCCAUUCAUAUCACAAAUUCGUCGUUUGAUAGUUCUUUGCAACAGACACUUAGUAGCUGUUAUCAGGGAUCAAAAGCAAAGCAAAGAAGUGAAAAAAAUUAAAAUAGACAAAAAACCACCACAUGCUGUCAGUAACCGAGCACUUAGCAAUGUUGUAAACACUCUUAAUAAAACAUCAGAAAUAGGGUCUGAAUCUCAGGAAAGCGACGAGCAUGGUUAUUCAGAGAGUGCAAUUGGUCUUGCACGUGUCGGUGCGCGGGCAGCUUUGAGAUUGGCAUUAUCGCUAGUGCGGCGUGCAUGGCGUUGCGGGGAGGAUGCUGAUGUAUGUUCAGCCCUGCUACGCGAUGCAUUGGAUGCGGUGCGAGCCUUACCUGACGCCGCACUAUACGCUGGUGGAGGAGUCGGAGUAACACAGGCGCCGCGUUCGCAAAAGAUUUGGGCUGAAGUUGUUGACAGUGCUGCUAAGUUCCUUAAUCAAGUUGUCGCUGGUGAGGUGGGAUGCAAUGUACCACUGGGCGAUUGGCGCACGUCGUUGUGCGUGUGGGUGGAACUAUGUGCACGUAGAGCGGAAUUGCCAGCUUUACUUAAAGCCGCCGACGUGUUGGUGACGCUGCCACCGCGGCAGAAGAGACAGCCUGAUAAUAGAAUAGUUUUGGAAGAAUGUACUGCGCCUCUUGGACCAUUUUUAAGACGAAUGGCUAAAGUGCCUGCUCCUAGUCCAAUUGUUAACAAUGAGACAACAGCUGAAAUUAAUCCAACUGAGACAUAUUUAAAAGAGCUUAUUAUACCAAGUGGUGAUGGUCUGAUGGAGGUGAGGAAGGCGGGCAUCGCCUUGCUAUGCCAUUUAGAUCGCCUAGGAUCUCCUUUAUUGCCACCUUUAAAGGGAUUUGUAACUUGUACUGAAUCAGCACAAGAAGUGGUGUCUGUGGGCUCUGGCCCUCUCCAAUUAGGAAGUCUACGAGUCCAACAAAUUGCUUGUGCAGAAAAAGUCGCGCUUUUGCUAACCCACGAGGGCGUCGUGUACACAUUGCCAUAUGACACUCUAACUCCACAUCUUGUCCCGGGGUUGGAGGGUAAAACGAUCAUCCAAGUGGCAUGCCACUCGGCCGGCCGGCACUUCCUUUGCUGCUCGGCGUGCGGUGGCGUUUGGUCGUGGGGCUGUGGGGACGACGGGCGACUGGGCCAUGGGGACAUGGCGCCGCGCGAAGCGCCAGCCGCCAUCCACCACUUGGCGCACCACGAGGUGGUUCGCGUCACCGCGGGCCCCACUUGCAGCGCCGUGAUAACGUCGCGCGGCGCGCUGUACACGUGGGGCCGGGGCCUGCACGGCCGCCUCGGCCACGGCACCGUCGAGAACUCGCUCACGCCGCAGCCGGUCUCCUUCAACGCGCACAACAUCGAGCGCGUCAUUGACGUAGCUAUGGGUUGGGGUGAAAGUCAGACCCUAUGCUGUACGACGGAAGGUGCCGUUCAGGUGUUCGGUGAGAACGAAGCCGGCGCUCCUCGCGCGCUGACCUCUCUAGCAAUGUUCAGGAUCACUCGAGUUUACACUGGGGAGCAUUGGCAUGCGGUUCUAACUGACGGGGGCUUAGUGUACACCUGGGGUAAAGGGGACGACUAUCGUCUUGGUCACGGAAAUUUGGAGUCACUUAAUGCUCCGAAGUUGAUAGAAACGCUUCAAGGAAUAAAAGUCGUCGAUCUGUCUUUGGGCGCGUCUCAUGGAAUAGCGUUGACCGCUGACGGCGCUCUGUACAUAUGGGGAACGCAUGAACGAGCACAGAUAGCCAAUCAAGUGCCGCAGUUGUUACAAGUUUUCAACUCUUCUUUUAGAGCUAAUGGCGCAUCGAAUGGACCCACGCAGAUAUUGGCAUGGAGCGAAGAGAAUCCCAGGGAUUUACCGUCGUCGAUGCCUUUUGUUAUAGAUUUGUCCGAAAGUACUUUUAAAUAUUUGGAAAGACUGUUGAAAAUUUCGGUAGAACAGAGUAAUACAGCAACGAUGAAGGAGAAAGAGUGUUUAGCCAUAGCCUGUCUGAACUUACUAAGGUUGCAAGUGCACGCGUGGCAGUGCUCUGUGGGCGGGGCGGCGGGCGAGGGGGGCGGCGCGGGGCGGCGCGGCUGGUGCGGCGGGGUGCACGCGGCGCUCGUGGCGCUGGCGGAGGGGCGCGCGGGGAGGGGCGCAGCGGCCGCGGCGAGGAGGGCGCUCGCCGCCGCCUGGCCGCUGCUGCUGCCCACGCCCCACGUGAGGGCGCAGCACCUCAUCGCGUUGCUGCCGCACGGAACGGCUACAGCGAGCGCCGGCGCCCGUUUCAUGACGGAGCUCCUGGUGUGGUCGCUUCUCGGCGGCGGCGGGCUGCGGGACGCUCUCAACAACGCUCUGCAAAAGUACUCCAACGACACCUAUAAUCAUCUGCAGCUAGACGACGAAUACGAUCAAGUCGACAUAGUGACCGGCCAACGAGGCUCCCAAUCGUCUGCCAACGCAGACGGUAGCGAUGCCGUUCAAGAUGGCUGCACUGAAGAAUACCAAAUUGAUAACGCGACCUCAUCGGAGUCUGGGGCAUCCGUGCCCCUCAUGCACUUGGUCAAGCAUUUGAUCAAAAACACGACCAGUCAAACGCAAAUGCAUAUUAACGCCAUUAUCAAUGGCGACACAAGCAAGAAAGACGAACCAAAGGGGCAAGACACCGUUAGCCCCAGCUGCGACUUGCUUAUACGAUUCCAGAGGCUGCUGUUCUGCGAGGCGAUGUGGUCGCGCGGCGGGCGUAGCACCCGUGGCGGCGUUAGAGCGAUCCUCGCCGAAUACAGCGGCCUCCUCUGCGAGCACGUGCUAUCCACGUUGAGCUGCUUCACGAGCGCCGUACACAGAGCCAACGGGGAUCAGCUGGUGGCACUGUGCGACGCAAUUUGCUCCGAUAUUGUUGGCCGCGUGGUGAGCGAACUGGGCGCGUGGGUGUGCGCGUGCGCGGCGCGCUCUUCGCACUCGCUGAUGGACUCGGCCGCGUCGCUCGCUAGCGUCGCUCGCGCGUGCGACGACGCCGCCAGUGUGCUGCCCUCGGCGGCCCGGGUCGACGCAGACCUGCUCGGCUGGCCCGGCCUCCUGCCCAAGAAGCCCAAGCUCAAAAACACCCCGAUACGCAAAUGCGACCUCCGGAACCACACGAAGGACGGCGGCUCGUGGAUAGUGGUGGGGGGCCGCGUGUUCGACGUGACGGGCUUCAAGUGCGAGAGCCAAAGCACAAUGGAGCUGGUGAAGAGGAUGCGCGGCUGCGACGCGACCGCCGCGCUCAGCGUGGAGCCGCACGCCUCCUUCCUCUCCGGCGUCACAGAGAGGUGCGUCGGGAUCUACGCCGAACAGCUGUACAGCGAUCGAUGCCGGGAAAGUACAUCGAGUCUGAGAGCUCUGCACGUGCUGUCUUCGUGUGCUUUUCACUUGGCGUUGGGGCUGACGCAGUGCGGAGUACGAUUGGCUCGCUCUCUGCCCGUCCAGCAGGCGGAGCGAGACACCGCUACUUAUGCCACGGCUGUCUUCCUCAGGGGUGGCUUGCAGGUAUCGCAACUGACAAAUCCGUUCGAAGAGGAGAAGGCUGAAGCGCGCAGCGGCUCGUCGACGGGCGGCAACAGCCCGGCGGGGGAGACGCCGGCGCCCCCCCGCACCUCCCGCCCCACCCCGCGCCUCAACGUGGGCCCCGCGCCCGCGCGCGCCGAAGCGCUACUGUACGCCCUUGCCGAGCCCAAGCUACACGAUCCCCUGGCGCUGCACCUGUGGUGGGCGUGCGAGCGGCGCGAAGGUUGCGCCCCCCACUUCCCCCCGGAGCACCCGCUCGAGGAGUUGCGGCGCGCUCUGCUUGCCGUGCUACUAUACCACGCCGGAUUAAAGGAGCAUGCCCUCGCCACUGCGACCACUGAGAUGGAAAAAGGUGAAGUAAAGCUGUCUCCAGCCAUGUCCGAAAUAGUUAAGGCUGUACAGCAGAGCAAAUGGACUCUAAUGCGAACGAGACAACAGUUGUCGCGUGGAUAUAAAGAAGUAUGUGCAGCGCCCUUAGAAAGAGCUAGGUUUCUUUUGCACGAAGUGCGAGCAGCUAUAUCUCCUGCGGUGACUGCACUACAGAAGAGGCCCCCGUCCCACCGACCGCCGACAGCUAAACGAAUUUUCCAAAAAGUCAUGCGUAUGGCCAAAUUGCCCAGUUUCAACAAAUGUUUUGAAACGACAAAAGAUUUAAGGAACAGACAGAAUAGCUUAAGCAAGAGCAUGCUGAAAGCGACCGGCAGCUUGCUCCACGGUGACGCGCUAAUCAUCAAAUCUACGCUCGGAAAUGCAUCGAAGAAAGCAAGCGAAGGCAUUCACAUUAAAAUCACGGAACCUAAGUUGCACUCGAACAUGGAGAGCGGAAGCAGCGCCGCCCUGAGGGACGCCGCGAACCUACAGACCAAAAGCAAACUGAGGCUGAAAGACAAACUCAUGUUGCUCGAGAAGGAAAUGAAGAACGCCUCAAACUACGACGACAUGCGGAACGAAUCGCGCGGCGAGGCGAAAAUCGUCGAGCGGGACGACGCUCUAGACAAGGAUUACGACGACAAAACGCCAACGAACGAGGUGUCGUUCAGCUCCGUCAACGACAUAACCGACAAUUCCAUUCUGAAGGAGUCGAUCGAAAGCGAGAAGCAGGUGAUGCUGCUCGCUGACGAUUUGAAAAACGAACUGAUCACCGCCGACGAGGAAAAGGAUGACGAUAACUCGGAAAGGAAUAAAUUCGUCAAUGCGUGGGUGGCGAAGCUCGCUUGCGAGGAAAAAGAUUUGUAUUGGAUGCUUGAGGAGGUUACUCCAGAACAACAGAGUGUGACAACGGCCAUAAUUGAUUUCGUGAUGACCGAGGAGUCUUGCGAUAUCGAUAUAUUGAGAAGAGCCUUAUACUGUCAGGUGCAGAGAGCUGAAAUUAGGAAAAGCGGAUAUAAAAUUAUAAAUAAGAUGCUGCACUCGUCACAAACCAUGUCGCCGAGCGUCAAGUAUGCAGCUCUUUCGGGACUAUCAGGAGCCUCCAUGGCUGAUUCGGUUCCCCGCUUACCUCUAAAACCCACAAUUCCCUUAACACUCCCACUAAAAGACAUUGAAUCCGUGAUACCGUACUCCAAAUAUAUGGUGCUUCAAGAGAGAUCAAAAUUGAUGGACUUUGUUCUAAUUGAAUUAAAGGCAAGAGUAUUAGAAGGGGAACAUCAUCAGCCAUUGCCAUUGAAAAUGAGCGCCAAUUAUGGUGCUCAUGCGCUACUCAACAAACCUUCAAGGGCUAGGUACCUUAUAUCACUUUUGGCGCUUUUGAUAGAGGGAUGCCAGGGCCCCGAACUGGAGCAACUGAUUAAUGGCGGAGCCUUGAGCUCUUGCUUGACUUUAUUGAAGCAAAUCGGCGGGGACACGUUGCAUUACACUUCUCUGAUAGGCCACGGAGUGAAAUCGAAACCCGAUUGUUUAGUGAUAUACGAGGACGAGAGACUGGGUGCCCGCGCUAGAGGUGCAUCCUUAUCCGGCCCGGAGCUUGCGUCGCUUAUGAAAAUCGGGACACGCGUUGUGCGCGGUAAAGACUGGAAAUGGGGUGAUCAGGAUGGUGUUCCGGGUGGCGAGGGUCGGGUUAUCGGAGAACUAGGCGAGGACGGGUGGGUUCGUGUGGCCUGGGACGCAGGUGGUACCAACUCCUAUAGGAUGGGGAAAGAAGGGAAGUACGAUCUCAAGUUGGCGCGCUCACCGUCCCCCCCGCCUUCUGUGGACGAGACAGUGCACGGCACCGUGGAGAGCAGCGUGGAGUGGUGGCCGGUGAACGAGGUGCGGGCGGCGUGCACGUGCGCGCUGCGUGCGUUGUGCGCGCGCGCGGGCGGCGAGGGGGGCGCGGGGGGCGCGGUGCGGCGCAACGUUGCCGCUCUGCAGCGGCGGCUGCUCGCACUGGCGCGUGCGCGCCACUCCCCCCCGGCGACAGCCUUCGCGGCGCACUCUAACACCGCGCUCGCUCUGAUUAGAGCGAGCGCCCAAAGUCCCGAAAUGAGAAUAUCGCUGUGCACCGAUUCCUGGUUCGAGCUGUGCUUCAGCAUAAUAUCGGCGACCGACAAACCGAUCUCACAGGAUUUGAUUUAUAUGCAGAUUCAAGCUAUCUGGCUCCUAAAUCGCGUGCUUGUCGAGCACAACGGAUCGCCCGAUUGGCGGAAGACUGUAACCGCCCAACUGUUGGCGUUGGUGGGGCGUUUGUGGCUCGAGACCCACGCGGCCGAUCCGGCACUCAGGCCGAAUCACUUGAUGAUCGUUGCCGGCGAUGAGGAAGAAAUAGCUAAGAUCACUUUGGUACACGAGGACAUGUCUAUCAGUAAGGUCGAGUUGAGCGGAGUGACGAACGCCGAAUGCGAGCGGCUUCCGCAAGCGCUCGGUGGGGGAGAGAGCGCUUUGCGAGUUUGCGCCGCGCUGCUGGGUGCUUCACCGAACGCAUCGCCGGUGCAUCCCCACCAUCUACCCGGGACAACGGAAAGGGGCGGCUCCAGUGCGGGAAUGGAGGGCACCCUGCUCCGCCGCCUGUUGGCGCUGGCGACGCGUCCGAGCCCGUUGGCCGCGUCGCACACGCUGCGCGAGCUCGCCUCCGCCGCGCUCGCUAUAGCACACCAGCUCGCGGCGCACGUGGCCGGUGAUGAAAAAGAAGUCGAUUCGCUACCAGACUUACCGAUUAUAGACAAGAGCAAUAUGAUGCAGGUUUCCAUGGGCCCGUCCACAAGUACGGCAUCAUUGUCAAGAAAAGAUCUCAACACAUGGGCGAACUCUUCUCAAGUGCAAAAGAUUAUAGAAAUGGGUUUCUCUCGACACGCCGUGUAUGGAGCCAUUCAGACUUUAGGUGGCAACACUUUGCCAUCAGUGGAAGCGCUCGUGGGCCACUUGUUGGAGCAACAGCAACAGGGCUUCGACGGAUCACUGUACGAGGUCAAGCCGCAGACGUCGAAGCAGGAGAAGAGGCCGGCGCCGUACCGCUGGCGCAGCUGCUUCGGCUCCGAGGACGAAUACGCCCAGUACCUGUCCGACACCAUCGGGCCCGGCAUGACCGUGCGAUGCUGCAAGGCCUACGAGAGCAUUGCAUUGGGCGACGUCGGUCAAGUACAAAAGAUUGAACGCGAUAUAAAACAGAACGUAUUCCUACAUGUGGAGUGGCGCGGUCUGGGGCGCGUGAGCGGCGUGCGCGCCCUCCACGCGGAGGUGGUCUCUGGCGCGCCGCCCUUCGCCGCCGGCGACCGGGUGCGCGUGCGCGCGGCCGUCACCCAGCCGCGCUACAAGUGGGGCUGCAUCGACCACACGUGCGUCGGCACCGUCACCGGAAUUUCCAGCAACGGGCGCGACUUGACUGUCGACUUUCCGCAGCAACCCGGUUGGACUGGGCAAGUCAGCGAAAUGGAGCUGGUCACCGAUCAAUCGGAGUGGGGGGAGAGCGCCGGCGGCGCAGCGGUGGGGUGGCGGGGAGCGGUGCGGGCGGUUCGAGUGUCUUCGUGCCGGCCCGGUUCAGGGGCUAGGCGUCUACUCGACGCUCAGCCCCACACCUACUGGCAGAGCUCCAGCGGCACCGGACAGCACUGGAUCCGCGUCGAGAUGCGUUCGGGCGUACGGGUGCGUCGCCUAGGGCUGGGCGUGGCGGGCGGCGCGCAUUCCGCCUCUGCGCUAACCGUGCGCGGCGGCAGCAGCUUCGAGGACACCGCGCUGACAUCCCUAGCGGCGGUGCCGUGCGCCCCGCAACCCCGCGAACGUCCGCCCGCCCACCUCGCGCAGAUACAACUGCUCGCCGACUGCAAGCAGUAUUAUCCGUGCAUAGAGAUUGGAAUAAAGCAAAAUCGCAACGUGAACGCGGACGUUCGUGUGCACGGCCUUUACGUGACCGGUUUCAGGCCUAAUCCGUUGUACUCCGAAAUUCUCUCGAGCAUGAACUUCGUGGCCGAAGACUGGAUGGAAAAAGAUAACCCAACGUGUGCUACUUCAUCUGAUACGAAUUCGGCCGCACUGCCAAAUGAUUGCCCUAAGGUGUACGUUUGGGGUUUAAACGAUAAAGACCAGUUGGGCGGUGUUAAAGGUUCCAAGGUGAAGGUGCCUGUUUUCUCGCCGGGGCUUAGCGCAUUGCGACCGGUACAUAUUGCCGGCGGCUCGAAGACACUUUUCAUCGUGUCUCACGAUGGAAAAUUGUACGCGUGCGGAGAAGGCACAAACGGCCGCCUCGGCUUGGGGCACAGCAACAACGUGUCGACUCCCCGCGCCAAUCCGUACCUCGCGCACGUGCUGGUGCGCCGGGUGGCCGUCCACUCGGGCGGGAAGCACGCGCUCGCUCUCACCGCCGACGGCAAGGUGUACUCGUGGGGUGAAGGCGAGGACGGCAAGCUCGGCCACGGCAACCGUCUCACUAUGGAGGCGCCGCGCCUCAUCGAGUCAUUGGCCGGCGAGCGCGUGGUGGGCGUGGCCUGCGGCUCCGCCCACAGCGCCUGCGUCACCGCCCGCGGCCACCUCUACACCUGGGGAAUGGGCGAGUACGGCCGCCUAGGACACGGCGAUGACGUCACGCAGCUCGCGCCCAAGAUGGUGGAGGCUAUUGCCGCGUUCAGAGUAAUCCAGGUUGCGUGCGGUUCGCGUGACGCGCAGACCUUGGCGUUGACGGCUUGCGGCAAAGUGUUCUCGUGGGGCGACGGUGAUUUCGGAAAGUUGGGGCGUGGCGGUUCGGACGGUUGCGCCGUGCCGAUGAAUAUAGAGAGGCUGAACACGCUCGGAGUGAUACAGGUCGAAUGCGGUGCUCAGUUCAGUCUGGCCCUGACCAGAGACGGGGAGGUGUGGACCUGGGGCAAGGGCGACUAUUUCCGCCUCGGGCACGGUCUGGACGCGCACGUGCGCAGACCGACGCUGGUGGAGGCGUUGCGGGGGCGGCGCGUGAUACACGUCGCGGUGGGCGCGUUGCACUGCCUGGCCGUCACCAGCGACAACCAGGUGUGGGCGUGGGGCGACAACGACCACGGGCAGCAGGGCAACGGCACGACGUGCGUGAACCGGCGCCCGGCGCUGGUGGCCGGCGUGGAGGGGGUGCAGCGCGCGGCGGCCGGCUCCUCGCACUCGGCCGCGUGGGCGCUGCGCCCCGCCGCCCGCGCCGCCCCGCCCGCGCCGCACCUCGCGCCCCUGCCCUUCCCCGCGCUCAAGGACCCCCUCGGCGCCCACAGCCUCGGUUUAUACGCGGAAGAAACGGCUAUAGAAGAACCGCAAGGACCGCGGCCCUCAUUGGCUUCGGCAGCUUUAGCUUUGGAACCGCCCGUGGCCGUUCAGCACGCGCUGUCUUUAAUUCUACUCGCCUUGCACAUAACUCAGGCGCGCACGCUGCUAGUGGAGGCACUGCGCGCCCACGAAGCGUGCUCUGCCGCCCCGGUGACCGUCGGCUUGGACGCGGAGGACGACGAGCCGGAGGCGGACGCGCGCAUCGGUGGCGGCGAGGCGCCCGCCGACAGGACUACGCUACCGAGCGGCGCAAGUAGCCCGCUAAGUGGCUCCAUCUCAUCGCGGCAUUCCGCCGUAAUGUCAUCCAGCGCUGUUUCGGUGGCCGCGGCGACGAUGACCGUUCAACAGGCUGAAGCGCCCAAGUUGGCUCUGGAUGACUUCACGUCGCAGCUCGGCGAAUCGGACGCGAGGGCUCUGGUGGAUCUUCUGAAACUCGCCGCCGCGGGCAGAGUGCCUGAUGCGAAUAAUGCUGUUAGAGUUAUCACUGAUGUUUUAAUGGCGCUGUGCGCGAGCAAGCCCGCCGUGGCGGACAUGGUGGUGGAGGUGUGCGUGUGCGAGUUGGAGGAGGCGGCGGCCGGCGGGGGCCGAGCGCCGCCGCAGCCCGUCACCGUCGACAGCCCGCACCCGUAUGCGGACGACACCGACAUAUCGGGCGUUGUGAAAAUACCCGGGGCGUCGUCGUUGCGCGUGACGUUCGAGCAAGGCUGCUCGACGGAGCGGCGCAACGACCCGCUCACGGUGUCCGACGGCGCCGGCCGCGUGCUCGCCACGCGCUCGGGCCGGGAGCCGGCCGACUGGGCGCAGGAGAUCGUGGUCAACGGCGAUGAAUUACGCUGGCGGUUCACAAGCGACGGUUCAGUUAAUGGUUGGGGAUGGAGGUUCACAGUGAAUCCAAUCCUACCGGCCCACACUGUUGCGGACAGCGGCUCAGACCGUUACGUGCUUUCGUGUCCAUCUGUGGAAUUGGCAUGGAGAUUACUCGAUGGUCCUCUUCUGACGGCCAUUUCAAACGACCACCAACUAGCUCCGAGGCUGGCGCAGGCCCUCGCCAUUUGCGCACAGAUGCCAACAUUAUCGUGGCGCGCGCGCGUGUGGUGCGUGCGGCGCCUGCGCGGCGUGGUGUGCGGCGCGGCGGGCGAGGCGGGCACGGCGCCGCCGCCCGCGCUCGCGCAGCUGCCGCAGCUGCUGCAGGCGCAGUACGAGCACGAGGAGCCCGCGUUGCGCACCGGCUCGCACCUGCUGCACACGCACUACCUCAAGGAGCUAGCCUGGCUCGCGUGCGGCCUCCGCGUGGACUCGCGCGUGUGCGCGGGCCAGGACGCGUCGCGGUGGGCGUGGUUCAAGCGGUACUGCGUGUGCGUUCGCGCCGCGGACGCGCUGCUGCGCCGCGCCCCGCUGCCCGUGCCUUUCUUGGCCGACGUGCGCAAGCGGCUCGCCGACCUCGGCGUGUACAACGUGGACGAGAGCGCCGGCGACGCCCCCUACCCGUGGGAGGACAACGCUAAGUUCACUAAGCAACACGACGAGCAGCUGCUCCAUUGGGUCAACAAGCGCCCAGACGAGUGGUCCGGCUGGUGGUCGGGCGGGUCGCGCGGCUGCGCCGUGUACGGCUGGGGGCACAACCACCGCGGCCAGCUGGGCGGCGUGGAGGGCGCCAAGGUGCGCGCGCCGUCGCCCUGCCACGCGCUCGCCGCCCUGAGCCCCGUGCAGCUGGUCGGCGGCGAGCAGACCCUGUUCGCCGUCACGCCCGACGGCAAGGUCUACGCCACCGGAUAUGGCGCUGGAGGAAGAUUGGGAAUUGGCGGUAUCGAUUCCGUCUCGCAGCCCACACUUUUGGCAUCCAUUCAACAUGUGUUCAUUACUAAGGUGGCUUGUAAUUCGGGGGGUAAGCAUUGUCUUGCCUUGUCUGCGGAUGGGGACGUGUACAGCUGGGGUGAGGGGGAGGAUGGAAAACUCGGUCACGGGAAUAGGGUGAGCUACGACCGUCCGAAGCUGAUCACGGCGCUGUCGGGGCUCGAGGUGGUGGCGAUAGCGUGCGGCGGCGCCCACUCCGCCUGCCUGACGGCGCGCGGGCGCAUCUUCACCUGGGGCAAGGGCCGGUACGGCCGGCUGGGCCACGGCGACUCCGAGGACCAGCUCGUGCCCAAGAUGGUUGAAGCGCUUUCGCAGUACCGCGUGAUCGAUGUGGCGUGCGGCUCUGGAGAUGCGCAGACGCUGUGCAUCACCAGCGAUGAUAAUGUAUGGUCGUGGGGCGACGGCGACUACGGGAAACUUGGUCGCGGCGGCUCCGAAGGUUGCAAGCUCCCUAUGAGAAUAGACUGCUUAAAGGGUCUACGCGUCAUCAAAGUCGAAUGCGGCUCACAGUUCUCAGUCGCUCUGUGCCAAUGCGGAAGCGUUUACACCUGGGGCAAAGGAGAUUACCACAGACUGGGACAUGGCAGCUAUGAACACGUGCGACGCCCGAUGCGCGUCUCCGGGAUGCAGGGAAAAAUGAUCACAUCAAUAGCGACGGGCAGCCUCCACUGCGUCGCGUGCACGGAUACGGGCGAGGUGUACACUUGGGGCGACAAUGAUGAGGGGCAGCUCGGAGAUGGGACGACUCUAGCGGCUCAGAGGCCUCGACUUUUGAUAGCUUUACAGGGCAAACGGGUCACGAAGGUCGCAUGCGGUAGCGCGCACACGGUGGCGCUGUGCGUGGAGGCGCCCCGCGCCCCCCGCCCCCCUCCCUCCCCGCCCCUCGAGUGCCACCUGCUAAGGGACCUCCCCCCGCAGCUCAUAUGCAACAGGCUGGUGUUACUACAUCAGUUCUCAGAAUUAGUUUGCCCGAAUCUAUCUCUAUUAAUAUUGGACGGGCCACUGAACCAGUUGAGAACAUUGCUGUUCUACAGUGUCAAAGAAGCCGCGUUUAGAAAGGCUAUAAUGGCGACAAUGGUUCGCGAGCGUCAGCACGGGCCCGUGGUGGAGUUGUCGCGUGUAGCGGCGCGACGGGCUAGGCGGGGGGGCGCGGGGCUUGCGGGGGCGGGCGGAAUGCGCUCAGUCUUCGGACAGAUGGUGGCGAGGUUGCCAGCUCUCACGCAGGACGCCCUGGCGUUGCCGCACCGCGUCUGGAAGGUCAAGUUUGUCGGCGAGAGCGUGGACGACUGCGGCGGCGGCUACAGCGAGAGCAUCGCGGAAAUGUGCGAGGAGCUGCAGAACGGCUCGCUGCCGCUGCUGAUGGCGACGCCCAACGGGCGCGGCGACGCGGGCGCGUCCAGGGACGCGUUCCUCCUCAACCCCACCGCCAACACGCCGCUGCACCUCAACUGCUUCCGCUUCCUCGGUGUGCUAAUGGGUAUCGCGGUGCGUACCGGUUCCCCUUUGGCCCUGUCGCUGGCGGAGGGGGUGUGGCGUCAGCUGACCGGGCAGCCGCUCCGCCCGCAGGACCUCGCCGAGGUGGACAAGGACUUUCUGCCCGCCCUGCUCUGCAUACGCGACAUGACGCCCGCCAACAAGGAAUUGCAAAAUUUGGAGCUGCCCUUCUCGAUCCCGUCGGCGGCGGGUCACGAAGUUCCGCUGUCGACCCGACACAAGCGUGUCACGCCCGAAAACAAGGAUGAAUAUGUGCAGCUGGCAUUGCACUACAGGUUGCACGAGUUCGACGAGCAAGUGCGCGCAGUGCGCGACGGCAUCUCGCGCGUCAUACCAGCGCCUCUGCUGGCGCUCUUCACCGCCGCCGAGCUAGAAACCCUAGUAUGCGGCUCACCCGACAUACCAGUGCACGCACUGAGAUCCUCCGCCACAUACAAAGGCGUUGACCCGAACGCGCCGCUCGUCCAAUGGUUCUGGGAGGUGAUGGAGGAGCUGUCCGGCAGCGAGAGGGCGCUGUUCUUGCGCUUCGUGUGGGGACGCACACGACUGCCGAGGGCGCCACAGGACCCCCGCCAGAGGGACUUUGUACUGCAGGUACUUGAUAAGUAUCAGCCCCCCGACCACUUCUUACCGGAGAGUUACACCUGUUUCUUCCUUCUCAAGAUGCCAAGAUAUUCUUGCAAAGAUGUCUUACGCGAGAAACUAAGGUACGCCAUCCACUUUUGCAAGAGCAUCGACACGGACGAGUACGCGCGCGUCGCUCUCAGCGCGGCCGAGCGCGUCUCCUCCGAGGAGUCCGACUCGGACGGGGACGCGACGCCCGUGCCCGCCGCCCCGCCCCCGGCCCUCUACUCGCUCACCAGGGCGCCCACGUGGCUU